AUGCGCCUCCAACACGCCUCGCAGUUCUUCCUUGCCUUCUACCUCUUCUUGCGGCCACACUGCGUCGGGGCAGAACCGCAGUGUGCCAUAGACCCGAACUCGAUCGUUUCCGAUGCCUGCACCUCCUACUCAGACCUUGAAAGGCUCAACGCCGAAUUAGGACCCUCCCUCGACGACUUGACCCAACAUACCGAUUUCUUCGCCUACUAUCGCUUAAACCUGUACAACAAAGCCUGUCCCUUCUGGACAGAUGAGAAUUCCAUGUGUGGCAAUCGGGCAUGUGCAGUGGAGACAAUAGAAGAUGAAAGCGCCGUCCCUCCGAUAUGGCGAGCCGAAGAGCUAAGUAAACUAGAGGGGGCGCGGGCCAAACACCCAGGGAGGGCACAGCGACGAGAAAGGCCGAGAGACCGACCUCUGCAGUAUCAGCUGGGCGAGAAUGUAGACGAGAGCUGCGUCCUUGAAGACGACGACGAAUGUGACGAGAGGGACUACUGUAUUCCCGACGAUGAAGAUGCUGCAGGGAAAGGAGAUUAUGUGAGUCUGGUCAACAACACCGAACGAUACACCGGAUACUCGGGCAUGGGUGCCCGGCAGGUCUGGGACACGAUAUACAAGGAGAAUUGCUUUUCUGCGGCCUCGCCCCAGACUGCGUCGUUGCGAUCAAGGUCAUCUCAGGCGGCCCAGAAUCUCAAAAACGUGUUUCAAGAAUAUGGACGACAGCAUGUGGAUGACGGAGAAGACCUGUACCCGCUGGAUGACGAAUGUCUGGAACAACGCGCAUUCUACCGGAUCGUCAGUGGAAUGCAUGCCUCGAUCUCGACCCAUCUUUGCUGGGAGUUCUUCAAUCAGACCACCGGCGAGUGGUUUCAUAACGUUGACUGCUACAAAGAACGACUGCAUACGCAUCCAGAACGGAUCUCCAAUAUCUACUUCAACUACGCCCUCCUGACGAGGGCGAUGGCCAAGGCGAGGAAGCACCUCGGGUCCUACACGUUCUGCUCUUCGGAUCCGGAGCAAGACUUUGAGACCAAGCAAAAAGUCCUCGCCUUGGCCGGCAAAGCCGCCGCAGGACCCCAUACGUUUGACGAGACCGUUAUGUUCCAGGAUCCAGCUGUCAUCGACCUCAAGGAGGAUUUUCGAACUCGAUUCAGGAACGUGUCGAAACUAAUGGAUUGCGUGGGCUGUGACAAAUGCCGCCUCUGGGGCAAGGUGCAGACGGCAGGCUACGGUGCCGCUCUGAAGAUUUUGUUUGAGUUCGACGAGAGCAAGAACGGGGAAAACCCACAUCUGCGAAGAACCGAGCUGGUGGCACUUGUCAAUACUCUGGCGCGUGUUAGUCACAGUUUGGACGCCAUCCAAAAGUUCCGGCUCGCCGUCAACACCGGUGACUAUGGCGUGCUGGACGUAAAGGGACCCCUUUCCGUGCCAGAAAAGCCAGGCGCCGAAGAUCAGAUUCAGGGGCGUGCAACAGACGAGGAUACACUGGGUUUCGAGUCUGUGGACGAUGGUCUCAACGACGAUAGGGAUAGAGACCCAUUGCCGCAGCGAACCCUCUCGGAAGAAUUCUGGAGUGAAUGGGAUUUGGUGUGGCGGGCGUACAGGAUGGUUCUGCGCAGUUGGGUCGAGAUGCCAUUCAAGCUAUUUGCCAUCUUCGUGAUGGAAAUGAAUCGGCUGUGGAACUACUGGCUGGGGAUUCCUGUCCCUGACCGGUCCUGGGGUUUCCAUUUUCCCACCAGAGAUGAAUUGUAA